AUGCUGGGCCCCUCUCCCGUCGAUGCCCCGCAGCAUGUACUGCAGCUGCUUAAGGAACUUCAUCAGAAGUCUUUGGAGCAAGAAGCUCUUAUUUCAAAGAAGGGAAAGGUGUUCUCAGCGGAUGUUCUGGGCGACUUGGAAGACAAGAAACCCAUCACUGACCCGAAAGAGGAAUUCGACCGCCUCAUGCUCGACAAGUUCAUCGCUCUGGAUGAGGAUAAAUGUCAAUUCACCUACCAGUUGAUCAACUCCAUGGGAGCCACCAAUGUCGUCGAAGCAGGAACCAGCUUUGGGGUCAGCACCAUAUAUCUUGCUCUGGCUGUCGCCAAAACGAGAGCCCUUACUGGGAAGCCCGGAACCGUGAUCGCAACGGAGAAAGAGACGGAGAAGGCAGAGAUUGCGCGGAAGUACUGGGCGCAAUGCGGUCCUGAAGUUGAGCAACAGAUUGAUUUGAGGGAGGGUGACCUGCUUGAGACGCUGAAGGAUGGACUACCACAGAUCGAUCUCCUUCUGCUCGACAUCUGGUCGGCACUUGCUCUCCCGACGCUCAAGACUGUCCUGCCUCGUUUCCGGCCAGGCGCAGUUGUGCUUACCGACAACACGAUUUCGGGUGCCAAGGGCUAUGCAGACCUAUUGGCGUUUUUGCGAAACCCCGAGAAUGGAUUUCAAAACAUGACCUUGCCAUUCACCAACGGAUUCGAGAUGAGCGUUUACAUGCCCAGAUCUCACUGA